CGGGGCCGCGGCUCUGGGCAGAGCGGCUGAUGGACGCUCAGGAGCGGCGCGGGGGUGACGCGGCGCCGGUGCCGACCCCGAGCCCGAGCCCGGCCCCGGGGCCCUGCCACCAGCAGCACAACGGCGAGGACUGUGAGGCCGAACAGCACAGCGAGGGCCGCAGUCAGGAGGUGGACGGCGAGAGCCGCGGACGCGCCUUCACCUGGUGCCGGGAGUUCCUGGCCGGAGCCUGGAAACUCAUCUCCUCAGAGCAGUUCAGCAUCUCAGUCAUCAGUGGGGGGCUCAGUAACCUGCUGUACCUGUGCUCGCUGCCCGAGGCUGUGCUGAGUGUGGGUGAGGAACCGCGGCAAGUCCUACUCCGUGUGUACGGGGCCAUCUUGCAGGGUGUGGACUCUCUGGUGUUGGAGAGUGUGAUGUUCGCUGUGCUGGCGGAGCGAGCCUUGGGACCAAGAUUGUACGGUGUUUUCCCACAUGGGCGCCUGGAGCAGUACAUUCCUAGCCGCCGGUUGCUGACACACGAACUGGGGCUGCCAGACAUCUCCGCAGAGAUUGCUGUCAAGAUGUCGCGAUUCCACGCCAUGGUGAUGCCCUUCAACAAGGAGCCAAAGUGGCUGUUUGAGACUAUGGACAGGUACCUGAAGCAGAUCUCACAGCUCUCGUUCACCAGGGAAGCCCACGUGAAGAAGUUUAACAAACUGAAAAGCUACAACCUGGAGGCAGAGCUGGCCAGUCUGAAGUCUCUGCUUCUCAGCACUCGCUCACCUGUGGUGUUCUGUCACAACGACUGUCAGGAAGGGAAUAUCCUCCUCCUGGAGAACAGGGAACCCUCCUCCCCCGACAAGCUCAUGCUAAUCGACUUUGAGUACAGCAGUUAUAACUACAGGGGCUUUGACAUGGGGAAUCACUUCUGCGAGUGGAUGUAUGACUACACGUAUGACCAGUGGCCAUUCUUCACAGCCAGUAUCCAAAAAUACCCCACCAGAGAGCAACAGCUGCACUUCCUGCGUCACUAUCUGUGCGAGGCUUCGGGGAGGACGGGACAGCAGCUCACAGACCAGCACCAGCCCCCAGGCUCGGACGAGCAGGACAUGCUGAUCGAGGUCAAUAGGUUUGCUCUGGCCUCUCACUACCUGUGGGGCCUCUGGGCCAUUCUCCAGGCCAAGAUCUCCACCAUCCAGUUCGGGUACAUGGACUAUGCUGUGACUCGCUUUGAAGCUUACUUUGAACAGAAGAAGCUAUUUGCUUAAUAACGUUCCUUUCAGCGCCUUGGAACGUUCUCCUGGCGUGAAAGGUGCUAUCCAAAUGUAAUUUGUUGUUGUUGACCACAGGAAUCCUCAUAGCCCCCCCCACCUCGCGUUCAGCUGCACAAUUCCCCCCGACCUAGCAACAUGUCUCCCCAAACACCUCUCCGGCACUGAGCCCUGACCUACCCUCCCCCUCCCCCACGCUUAAAGGGAAUCAGUCAGGUGAGAGACAUUGGGAGGCUGAAGGGAGCAGUGACUGGGAACCCGGAAUGGAGUGUAUGCUCGGACAGGAUGAGAAACUCACCAGAACUGAAGGGACCAUCUCACCGGCUGGGCUCCUGCAGUGCGUGGCUGCUCGGCUGAGUGUGUGUGUGUGUGUGUCGCCCAUCAAUAAAGCCAGUACUCCAAA